UAAAUAUUAAGAUUUAAUUUGUGUAUAUUUUUUGGAAAUUUUAAACGACUAUAACAUAUAACCCUAUCUAUUCACAUGUAUUUUAAUUUACUAUAUUUUAUGCCACUGGGACUCACUUCUCCCGAUGGGAGCAUAUUACUUAAAACAUAUCACAUCUAAGUGUAAUAUAAGUAUUCUAAGUAAACAGACGAACAAUAAAGUAUUACUCUAUUACUCUCUUUAUCAGAACGUUAAAAACAUAUAUAACUAUGAUUUUUAUACAAUUUACUUAUUUAUCCAAAAAUGUUUAAUAAUAUUUGUUUCAUUGUAACCGCAAGACAUAAAACAUUGGGUUAUAUAAAAUUUCCAGGUACGUUCAUAGUGUAAAGACACGAAAUUUCGGAGUUAAAACAAGGAAUGUAUGAAAUAAAUAUCACGGUUAAAAAUAAUUGAAAAGGGUUCGAAAAAAACGGGCAUGAAGUAAAAAAGCCGUUAUGGGCAAGGCAGUAGGUCAAAUACACCAAGGUUGUAUAAAUCAGAAUGUAACGACACUAAUUUGACAAAGAUGUUACGAAUAUCAAAAUGAUCUGUACACAAACAUGUGUGAAUCGGUUAUGAAUAUGGAUUUAUUUACAGAGGGUUGAUUGUUUGGGACACAUGGAAACUGCUUAUAUGCUAAGUAUUGUUAUU